AUGCAGCGUAAUAGAGAUAUUAAUUCGCGAAUUGUUGCUUCCUGUGAUAAGAAGCUUGUGGAGGAAUUCAAAACGGAUAUCUAUAUCGAAGGCCGUCUAUCUCAAUUCUAUCUUGUCCAAGGAGCUAGAUUGACAUUACUUACCACUAGCAAGACUCGAAUCCGAGCCUUUAUGGCCAGGCACCAGUUGUCCAGACGAGCAGAGCCUAGUCCUAGCGAAUUCGCUGCUUUGAUAUGCGAUCUCGGAUGGCACAAAGCUUCCAUGGCGGCGCUAGAAAACUUGGUACCAAAACUCCUGGCCUGGAUUGAGCGCGAAGCAACCCGUAUUGGAGUCAUGGACAUCAACGUCCGCAAGAUAAAUGGCCGUCUGGAGAUUGGAGACAGCGUUUGGCCCGCUCAUACCUUAGACUGGCUGCGCUCCGACUGGAACGGAGAUACGAAUGGUGUAGCUAGUGGUCAGACACGCCCUACAAUUCAUCGAAUGGUUCGUCUCGGACCAACUGGAUUAACACGCUUGACUCUACAGGCACUGGCGGAGGGAAGCCAUGGUCCCCGCAGGGCAAGUGUCCCUAUGCCAACCACAAAGGUUGAGACUAUCAUCUCGCCUUCCGCACUAAGAACAGCUACAGACUUCCAGGGCCCCCAAGUCUCUUCUGUCAUCGGAACAGACAAACUUCCGAAGAGGCACCAAACUUCGACGCCAUCAUUGGAACCCAUCGUACAAGAGGUGAUUCGCAGGGUCAUGGCAGAUCAACCUCUGCUUAACAGUAGCUACAUGGCCCGAGCUGGCACGGCUAGGGUCGAGAGGGAUCUUACUCGUGUCCUCUCUUAUCCGCCCUCAAUUCAGCUGUACCAGACACUCAGCCUUGAAGUACAGGAGGUUUUGCUCGAGACUAUUCUCAACCUCAGCCGAGUGGCAUAUGAUGAGUUCGAGACUUAUAUCGGACCACUCUCUGUUCCUCAACAGUCUUGA